GAGUCUCGUGCAUUGUGGGAGUGGAGUGCGAAACAUGGCGGCGCGCGUCAUUGCCCGGUGUGUCCGAUCACUAAACCGUAGUUCAUUGCAUGUUAAUGUUAACCGUGUCAAAAGUCUCGCUACGUUAAGAGCAGCACCGUUUACUCACGGACGAGCGUUUUCACAUCUGACUGACGGACACAAAUCUUCACUGGCGCAGAUCCCUGGCAGUGUGUUUCAGGUCUCUCAGUGGAGACACUACGGUGACUUGCCUCCAUUAACCCUAGAAACUAUUCAUGAACGUGUCCUCUACGUCCUGAAGCUUUAUGACAAGAUCAACCCUGAGAAGCUUCAGGUUACAUCUCACUUCAUGAAGGAUUUGGGAUUGGACAGUUUAGACCAGGUGGAAAUUAUCAUGGCCAUGGAAGAUGAAUUUGGUUUUGAGAUUCCUGAUGCAGAAGCAGAGAAGUUGAUGACACCUCAAGAGAUUGUUCAGUACAUCGCAGAUAAGAAAGAUGUCUAUGAAUAAAUAUUCACUGUAAGUUUAGUGACAAUUAAAAUGGUUAAAACCCAAAAACAACAUAUGUUCCUCUUUGUUUCACCUAAUGCUUUUAAGGUGACCAUUGUUUUUCCAUCAAGGAAAUAAGAAACCUGCAAAUGUCAUGAAUGUUUUGACACAAACCGCUUUUUUGUAUUUAGAUCAACAUUUAAAUCUUUCGUUGUAAUUUUGUUUUUGGCUGCUUGUGCUUUUCUGACUGGUUCUCUUCUAGAUACACGCACAAGCCCUUCAUUCAUACAAUAAGAGUGUGCAAAUGAUGUGAAUACUUCAUAUGAAACCUACAAUAAUAAACAGUUCAAAUAUCUUUUAAA